CAUCCUCAAAUGUAUCGAAACAAAACUUUCAACUUUACAUUUUGACCACACCGCCUGACGGUGGGUGUGCCAAUAAUGUCCCAAUGCUGGUCGGAAUUGUAUAGAGCUUAAUUAGACUUUUCAAAUGAUACCCACUUGAUGGGGUAAAGCGAGAAAAUAAUUAUUUGCCUUUGACCACACCCCCAACGGGGCGUGGCUUUCAAUUAAAGUUUCAUAACUUACCUCUUGGAACUUUAUAUCUCGAUUCCCGAAGGCAGAAUUCGAAGAAAUUGAAUUGUUCGAGAUUUAUAGGUUUUGGCAAACAAAUAAAGAAAUCCGGACCAGUGUGUAUGGUAAUAACUUAGGUUUAAAAAUAUAAAAAAGUCAAAAUUUUUGUAUUUAUUUCAAUAUUGUGUAUUACAUUAUCGGUCAUACAUCUUACCAAGACGACAUGGCUAAAUUUCACUUGGGACGCCUUUUGAGGCCCAGCUGAAGAUAGAUAUUGGGCCCCCUCAGGCAUGUCUCAAAAAUUUCAUUUCUGUAAGCGAAGGUGCACCACCACCAUCAUCCAAACAACCCAUCAGAGCCCACCAUUCUAAGCGAGCGAAAGAUUUAGUGUCGCUAAUUUGUUAGCUUCCCGUCUGGUGUUGAGAAUUUUGAAAUUCGCGCACAAUCUUACUUUACCUCUUGCAGCAAAUUCAGGGACGAAUUGUUAAGCGAAAAUCCUUCAGUCAGAGUUGCAUCGCUUGUUCGCUUAAUCAACCGGAAUUUGUAACAAGCGAAAUUUUUGAGGUGUGUCUGAGUUGUCCCAUUAAAUUUUGUUGAUCUACGUUGCGUUGAAUUUCCCCCCUUUUGGACAAUUUCGCCAAGAUAUUUUUUUCUAUCUUGCCAGCCUUACAUAUAUCUUGGAACGGGACAGAUAUUGAAACUCAAUUCUUCUUGGAGUUUGAUGAUCUCCCUACGGGAUUAUCCUUUACAUAGAUUUUUUUGAUUAUCUUUACUUUUACUCAUAACUGAAGUUUUCUUCAAGCUACAUCGGGAUUUUCUAGCGACUAUGACAAAAAUCAAGCCAAAAAUUAGGAAUCACAUGACACCAAUAUUUCCGUUGAAUGGUCCCUUGAAGAAAAGUAUUGAGGGCAAACUCAACUCCUCCGUCUUGGUUUUCUCCUCUUGGAGGAAAACGCGAGAGAAAAUUAACUCGAAAAUUGAACUUUGCCGCCAAUAUGUCUCCAAAGGGGCCAUUCAACGAAAAGUAAAGUGUGGUGAGAUUCCUAAUCUUUGCCUUGGUUGUUCGAACGCCGGAAGUGGCGCACCUUCGCGAACGCUUGCGAAAUUUGAAAUUUCGCAAGGGUUCGCGAAAAUCUCCCUUGAUUGGUUUGAAAUUUCAAAUUUCUAACCAAGCAAGCGAGGUUCUUCAGACUCGACUUAUGUAGGUCCCCCAAUAUAUGUCCAUAAAGUCAUAAACCUAACUGCUAAAUCCCGACAUAAAAUAAGUCUAGAGAUACGACCUGUUAGGCUCAAAAGCGUAGGUUAAAUCUGAAAUGUGUUACAUACUCCGAAUUAAAAUUACGUCAGGAAAUCAUUGUUAUAAGUACGUAAACAAUUUAUGUAUAUACGUAUGUAUGUGUACGUUGCAAGUCUAAAUCAGCGUGACUCAAGUGGUGUGAUAAUUGUAACAAAUUAAUGGAAUUGAUUCCAGGUGACGCAAGGCAGAAAUUUGUCAAUAAUUGUUAUUUCCUCGAAACUUUAAUGGAUAAGUUUAGUAGUGCGUCAAUUUUAAUUAUCUACGUACUAAUCCCUGUUUAAGAUAACAUUCUCGUACAAAGUCACAGAGUUCGCCUACUAUUUAAUCCUGAUGUAGUUCUCAUUUACACAUAUGAACAUAUUGCAGUGCAGGAAUUUUACCCAGUAUCAAUUGCAGUAAAAUCUUCGUCGUUAAUUACUUAAUUUUCGCAAAUUUUAAGCAAUGACUUUCAUGAAUAAAUUUUCAAUAUUUCUUUACUGCGCUGCAGCUUCAGCCUCAAUUUCAAGUGAGUCACCAAUCUAUAAUCUUGAUGAGUUGCCACUUUCAGAAGUAGAAGUAGAAGUUGCAAAGAACGCUCAAGAAAAUGGAAUGGAAUUCAUUGUCGAAAUCGGUAACAAGAUGUUCUUUCGGAACAAUCAAUCCAUGAUCAAUAACACAAACUGGAUGCAAUUUAACCAAACUUGUGCCUUGGGUGGAUUGACGCCAGGGUUUUUCGACUCCGAUGCAGAGUAUAGGGCUGUUAGGUCUGGAAUAAACGUGCCUGGUGUCGAUUUGUGGCUGAAUGCCCGAAUUAGUGGUCAAUUUGAGCAUGUCCCUAGCGCCAUGGUAACCGGACGGAAUGGGGCGCCAUGGCCGGCCGGAGUUCGAUUCAUGUUCUCUGACGCAUUCUGGUUGCCCACUUCUGGAAAGACGCUGAUAAUAUUUACAUGGACCGAUGUGCUUGGGAGGACAAGGGAUUUUUGUGCGAAAAGAUUUUGGACUAAUAGGCACGGGCUUUGUCGAUCCGAGAUAUUGUGGCACCAUAGAGACGGACUAUUUUAGUAACCGAAAUCAAACAAUUCUUACCAUCACAGAAGAAACUGAACUAGAGAUGGAACACUUCGAAGCAGUGUCUUUAACGUUAAUGAGUGGAAACAAAUAUAUCAAUGUGUCCAAUCCAAACUGCAAAGUAACAAUUUGCCACCAAGUUCCGGAAGAAAGUGCAGAAUGCAUGCACUUUUACCAUGAAGGAUUCAACAAUAGCUACGUGACGGAUCAUACCUACGUGAUAACGUCGAUUAGUUGCGGAUGCCUGAACCUGACGUCACCAAGCAGGGCGUGCUCGUUGCCGACGCCCACCAAGGAAGUCAGCUCAUGGCCAACACGUGACACAAAAUUAGCGGAGGAAUGUCCUCCUCGCCAGAUGGCUGGCGACACUUGCGCCAUCCUGUUUCAAGAAUAUGGCUGUGAAUCGUGUUUAUACGACGGGAUCCAUCUAACGGCAACUGGACCUGAAUCCACGUUUAAAACUAGGAACCAUGCUGUAAUUAGAUCCAUCGUUGUGGCCGACAGAUGCAGUGUGAGAGGAGCGACGUCUAAUCACCAUGUCGAUUUCGACAAGACGACGGCAAAUGUUCCAGAAUUUGUGUACAAAGAGGACGAUGACAAUUAUCCAACAGCUUUGACAUUCAUCUCUUUCGAUUGCACUUGUAAACCUAAACCUGAUGAUGGGUUGUCAGUUGGGACGAUCUCCGGAAUCUCAGUUGCAUCUGUCGUUUUGCUAUUGGGCUCCCUAAUUGCUGGAUAUUUAUUGAAGAGAAAGAAUCGAAAGGUUAAAUUUACCGAGGCAGAAACUGAAGAGCUCAAAUUGGAACUUUUCGGGGAACCUGACGCUAUUCCAGUGAUAUCCGUUGGAGAAAAUGACCCGUCAAGUGGUGGAAACUUGAUGAAUGGAGAUUAUUCCGUGAAGAGGCAGAAUAUUGAAGUUUUGAAGGACUGCCUGUUAGGAAAAGGAAAUUACGGUGUCGUCCUUAAAGGAAAUCUUAUCUCUGAAGUUGAUAACAGUCGAGUUGUCUGCGCUAUAAAAACCGUAGAUGAGAGAACUGCUCGCAUUGACGAUUUAAAACUCCUCGUAAACGAAAUACGGAUUAUGUCAGCAGUUGGUCACCAUCCCAAUGCCGUUUCUUUUCUUGGAUUCCAUUGCAAUUUUCAUCCCUCAAAAUGGGAAUUUUUAUGCUUGAUGGAAAUCUGUGUUGGCAAUUUGCACGAUCAUCUAUGUCGAGGGAAGCAGAACGCGGGAAGAUCCACUAUUGAUGUCACUCUGCAGAAGGCUGGUUAUGUCCUUUAUGCAGAUAACAGUGAUGUCGGGGAUCAAAGCGCUGAGAAAAGUCCAAGUGAGACAAUGUGCGUAACGCUGGCGGACAUGAAAAAGUGGUCGGCGCACAUUGCGGAUGGAAUGGAAUAUUUGACAACGAAAAAACUCCUUCACGUCGACCUGGCGACUCGAAAUGUUUUACUAUCGGAAGAUCUGACGGCAAAAAUUAGUGAUUUUGGCUUAUCCAAAAAAUUGUAUGAUUCCCUCUACUAUAAAAAAGCACAUGGCGCAAAUAUUUGGGUGCCUAUGAAAUGGAGUGCGUUUGAGUCAUUGAUGAGUCUAAAAUUCUCAACCGAGUCUGACAUCUGGUCGUACGGUGUGACAAUUUGGGAAAUUUUUAGCUUAGGAGAUGAACCAUAUCCGGACCUGGAAGAUAUGCUCGACAUGAUUCGUUUCCUUAAUAGCGGACAAAGACUUCCGUGUCCGAAAUCGUGUGACGCUGAGACGUGCAAUUUAAUGCAACAGUGCUGGGAGAUUGACAUAACGAAGCGUCCUACUUUCAAUGACUUGAGUAAAUUCUUUACACUGUGAUUCCAACUUGAAAGGCUACAGCAAUUGUCUGAGAAAUUAAGCAUACCAUAGAUUUUUAAUGAAUAAGAAAUAUUUUGGAAGAACAAUGAAUGUGUAUUAUAUUAUAUUUAUAAAUAUAGAUACGUAUUGCUCUAAAUUUCUCUACAGGCUCGAAAACGUUAUAUACUGUUAUAAAAAAUA